AUGGGUGGUAAUGCGUGGCAGUCAACUGGCUGUCUAACAUGUAGAAAGCGCAAGAUCAAGUGCGACAAGCAAGAGCCCGAGUGUGAACGUUGUAUAAAACGUGGCGUUCAAUGUCCGGGGUAUGAAACUUUUCGGAUUUUCUUCCAUCAAGAAAUCAUUUCGACAAAAGAAGGGAAGCCGGCAAACUCGAGGACACCUCCAGCUACCCAACUUCAAAAUGGAGUCGGCGCAAAGCCGUCAGAGACUUCGGACAAUAAUAACCCAACGACUAAGACUAUAUAUUACAAUCGCGCGAGACCAAUAACUUUUGGACACAAUGCGCUCGACAGUGGUCCAUCGAAACGGGUGCAGCUUUUUGCGUCAUAUUUAAAUACCUACUUUCCUAUCGAUAUCAAAGGAACAACCGGCAUCGAUCCUUCGUAUGGCCUCAUAUCUGGCAUUUCCGCGCUCCCGAAUAAGUCUCCAAUGCUUGAAAAGGCUCUGGCAGCGCAGACUUGUAUCGUUCUCGGUCGUCAACAGGACAAAUGCAUGUUUCAUCAUGGACUUCAGCUAUAUAAUAGUGCGAUACAACACAUGUCGCAUGCUAUAAAGCGGAACACGUAUCGUGACGAUGUGGUCUAUACGGCUGCUAUCUUUCACUGCCUAAUUUCAACAUAUUGCCCUUAUGGUCUUGAUGUCUGGCUCAACCAGAUGACAGUCACCAGCGGAAUCUUGAAACAUUAUUCCCUUCACACGAGUAGUGAUCCUCUUGUUAAGACCCUGUAUUUGGGCUUCAAUAGGAUGCGAAUGUUACAAGCCUUGUCUCCUUUGCAAUCCAAGGAAAAGAUAAUUUUGGGUGAAAAUCAAGUUCCAUCCAUUCAGGGCUUGGAAAAGCAUCCAGUUCUCCCCAUCGAUGAAUUACUCAACCUCAUGUCGGAAAUUGCCCCCCUUGCAGCCAUAAUUGAUACGGAUAAUGACUCCGCAUAUUGUGGCUCCCAUACACAGAAACCUCUGAUUGCUUGUCUUGUGCACAGGACAAAGCUUUUAGCCUGGUACAUGAGAAGAAAAGAAGACAUAGGUGGCGGGCCCAUUCCUUGUUCUUCUAGUGAAUUGAUCACCAGACUGCCUAAUGCAGAGCACCUGUUUGGUCCUCCAUAUAGGUUCUCCUCGCCCGACAAUGCCAGGAUGCACGUUCUUUUCUGGACAGCGCUAUCUAUACUUCAAGCUUUGAUCGGUCAAGCCCAGUUGUUGCCUCCUGCAGCGGGGGAAUAUCUACUUUCGGAAUUCUACGCCGAUGAGAUCGGCCGGGCCCUCCCCUUUUGCUUACAAAAUAGCAUGAAGGCAUGGGGUGGUCAUAUAACUGUAUUCGGAGUCGGUCACAUAUCCAAGGUUUACCUUGAUUUCAAACGCCGGGAAAAGUUUUUCUGGAGUCUAUAUGCGUAUAGUGUGCAGAAGGAUAUGGGGUCAGACUUCGCGGGUCAUCUGGCAAGCUUUCUGGAACACAGCUGGAAUAUGAAGGAGAAAGAAGAUUCUGUCCAUUCAUCAUCGCCAUUGGAGGGAGAUAUAGAUGACAGUCUCUCGUCUACAUAA